UUCAGCGAGUGAGAAUCCGAGAGAGUCGCAGAGCGCUUUCGUGCAGUUUGAAAUACCAUUUUCCCGCGUUUUCUCGGCUUCCAAACAGGGAUGGAGGCUUUGUAUGCGAAGCUUUAUGAUAAAUAUCAAAAGCUCAAGAAGAAAAAAUUGUCUGAAAUGGAUGAUAUCAACGGAGAUCAAGAAAAGAAGUUUCUGAACUAUGUGUCUGCUGCAGAGGAGUUGAUACAACACCUGAAAACUGAAAAUGAAAAGCUGCAAUCAGAAGUUUACGACUUGAAAAGUGAAGUGGCUUCUAUAAGGUCCAGCAAUGAUGAGGAAUGUGUAAAGCUCCAAAUGCUUUUGAUGGAAGAAAGCAAAAAAAAUAAGUUACUCUCUGAAGAACUAGGGAGGCUGCAAAAACUGCAGGUUGAGGAACAUAGAAAAGGUGGCAAAAAUGAUAAUAUACAUGUAAGUUCUCCUGGAUGUUUUCAAGUUGCAGUAGAGGAUGUGUCUGGCAACUCAAGCAGAAGAAUGACGAGAAAGCGUGGAAGGAAUUCCAGGGUUCAGAUAGAAGCUACUGGAACACCUGAUUUCAGUAAUCAAGACAAUUCCAUGGUAAGAGAACCAGCAAAGGACUUAUCCAACGGAACUUUGUCUCAGGAGGUUCUUGCAUUUGAUCAGCAGCCAGAAUGCUGUAUUGCAGGUGCUGUUGCAAAUGGGUCUGUUUUAGCUACUUGUCCAUUCCGAACUCUCAUUGAAUGCUUAGUGGGCAUGGAGGUAUCCACUGUUAAUCAAGCUGAAGGACCGUGCAUUUCUGCUUUGCAUCAAUCAAGUGGUUACUCAUUUAACCUAACAUGGGUAGCCAAGGCAGCUGGAGAGGAAACAGAGUUUCUGUAUCGCGUCUCGUCAUUAGGGACAUUUGAAAGAAUAGCACCAGAAUGGAUGAGAGAGGUGAUUAUAUUUAGCACCAGAAUGUGCCCUAUCUUCUUUGAAAGAAUUGCUCGUUUGAUAAAAUCGCAUUGCUAGUCUCAUAUGCUUUUCCUCUUAUCUAAUUGUAACUGGGUCUUUCGAUGUUUCUGAGCUGUGAAACUCUAGCUUUUGUAAAUUGAUAGUGUUAGCUCACUGACUACUGACUACCAAAAUUGUAUCUGAUUUCAUUCUGAAUUAAACAAUGUGUAAUUUCAAGUCCAUUUUUCUUACCAAAGUGCGGAAACUAAUUGGACUAAACCCAAGUCCAUUUGUCCAUUUUUCUUUGUAACAAGUGAGAAAUGUAUGAAUAAGAAUGUUAAUUUUAU